ACGACGUUCUUCCUCUCGACCAGUCGCGUCGAGAGCUGAUGAAAAUUGUGUUUCUAGUAUGUUCUUCGAUCGUUCGACUACUGUACACCGUCAGUUUGAUUACAUCAGCUAGAGAGUACACAACCGCGGAAUUUAUAUCGGCGAGUGUUAUGUAUCCAGUCAGUCGUUACCAAACAGUUGGAGGAAUGAGACACUCGAGAAAAGACAACUCCGCGUUGUACUUGUGAAACAACACCAGCGAGUUCAUCCCGUAUUGCAUGGCAGAUUAUGAGCUUGUUAAAGAACGUCGUCAUCACGCUGCCUAAGGGCCUGUCCAAGGCGCCUGGCGUCGGUUCCAACGAAUUACCGAAAUCUCUGACGAAAUUUAACUUUUCUAUUUCUACUCUGAGUGAUAAGUUGAAGAUGGAACAAAAGAGAGCCGCCAAGCACGAAGACGUUCCGGACGAAAGCAUGCUGUACAAGGCGGAUGUGUGCGUUCGAGGGAAGAAACGGAGAUUGGAUCACUUAACGUGGGAAGAGAAGCUGCAACGGAAGAAAUUGAAAAAUAGAGUCGCAGCUCAAACUUCUCGGGACCGAAAGAAGGCUAAGCUCGAUGAACUGGAGGAGACGGUUAGAAAUUUAAGAGAACAAAAUGAAUUGUUGACACAAGAAUGCGCCAUGUUGAGGUCGCGAAACGAGUCUCUCGUCACCGAAACGAAAAGGUUGAGGAAAGAAAGGGACGUGAAGAACGCGGAAGAAUCGAUCUGCUCCAUGUGCCAGGGUCGUGUCGGCUGUGCUGUGUCCUCGCUGGGAUCUACAGUGUCCCCUACCUACCCUCUGCAGCAGGGUGGAACAACACAGCUGGCAUCGUCCCUGAUGCUAACCCCAGGAGCAGCAAUCCUUCUGAAGAUACUGACCAUCUACCUCCUCUUGAAGAACUGUUUGGUGACCUCCAAGGAGACGAUUACAUCGAGCGACUCGAAGAACUUGCAGAAAGUCUUCUGCGAGAGGUUACCGCAGAAGUGGAAGCAAAUCCUCAUCGAACAAAUGAACAAGUACCAGUCACGAAAAAUACCAUUGAGAAACGUGACUAUUCGAAAGGAGUGGUGGGGGCGACAUCAAAAAAUGUGGAAGCCAGUAGAGCCUCUAGAAGCAUGAGCACGUCCCAAUCGUGGCAUCCCGUUUCCAGCACUCUCACUACACCUUGUACCGCGAACACAAGCGCACCGGUGUCGAUUAAAUCGGAAAUCGAAGUAAAACAGGAAGUCGAUACGCACGAUUUGGACACCGU